AUGGGUACCCCUAUGACGUACGACCAUUUCAGGGAUCAUGUUGAUCAGAUAACCUCCGACCCCUCUACAGGCCUGGAUCUCCGUUUGAUAGAAAAGCUUCAAUCGGAGCUGUUCGCUUGCACUGAUCCAGCAGUGUCGUCGGCACUCCUGGUCCAAAUAUCUGCGCUUUUCCCUAUCCUUCAAGAAGAUCCUACACCGCUAACCAAUCUGGCCACGAAAGCAGCGACUUAUCUUAACUUCUCGCAAAUACUGUCCAUCCAACCUCCCGUCAACAUCGUCGCUGGUAUCAAGGCGCCUUCCCCUCCGAUCAAUCUACUUGCUUUAUCACUCCUUCGCAAAGCUGGCGAAUCGCCCAGUGAUGCGGCAGUUGUUGCUGGUGACCCGGCCUUAGUGGUGUCUCUGGUAGAGAUCUGGCUCACAAGCACCACAACUGCUGUGGCAGAAGCGGCAUUUGAUGUUUUAUGGUCUCUCCUGGAGGUUGACCACCCAGGUAAACCUCAAAUAAAUGGCGAUGCAGAGAAGGAUAACUCUCGCGGACAGGGUUUGGUUUGGAGAAGAGUUUUUGGCGACAAGAACGUGUACAAGCUUCUUUUUUCAACUUGCAACCUUGACAAUGCUGGACAACCGGGCCAACCAAGCAAACGGGAAAAAUCGGUCGCUCAGGGAAGGCUGAUGGAUUUUGUCGCUAGGGUCGGCUCUUUGGACUGGCAGGCAAUUAUAACCUCCCAUUUUCCGGAUAUUGAACUUGGUUUUAAAAGCAAUAACUUGCUAGAAUUCGCAACCUGCCAUAUGGUGGAUACCGAAGAUGUUUUAUUACACAUGACUCUCAUUCAUUUCCUCAGUGACCUCCUGAAAAUUGGCGCUCCUGGUAUCCGACAACGCGGCAACGCCGUGGGAGGGUCGCCAAUAUUCUCUUCCCCGUCUCUGGAAUUCCUCCUCUCCUCUGGGUUACAUCGUAGAAUCGUGGACUACUACGUGGAACCCUCAGCAUUGGAUCCUGCCGAAGCUGCAUAUCUCUCUGGGCCAAUAAUGGCAUACAUCUCCCAGUAUGCAGAGCUCUAUCCGAACCAUCUGCUACAGAACCCACAAAGCUUCUUGGAUAAGCUCCUCGCACGCAUUUAUCAAUCUUUCGAUAUGCCGUCUGCACAAUGGGCCCAUGGUGCAAUCCCCAGUGGCGAUCUCAACAUCCUAGCAUCAGUUCCACGAGUUAUGCUGUUAGAGGCCGGAAAACGGUCAUUAAACCCGUUGCUUUCCAUUCCUUCAAAACCACUAAACAAAGACACAUUGCACGCGCUAGGAAGAAUAUUCCACGGACCCGUACACGGUAAUGAUGCUUCACGCGACGAACAGUCAAACACUCUAGAACAAAACGCAACUAGUCUUAGGGCGGAAGCGGCUGCUGCAAGGACGCUCUACUUUCAAUACCUCAACGAGCAUCCAGGCCUUUGGAAUAAUGUCGUGGCUGCUGCGGAGAUAGUAGCCAUGACCGAUACGGCUCUAGCUGCGAUUUCGUUCAUAAAAGCCGUUUCCAGUGCGAAUUGGGCGGUUAUCAAACCAGGCUUAGAGCCCGAAAGCCCCACUAGUUCCCGGUUUGCCGUCCCAACCGAAGACGAGGUUGAGCUACUUGGGCCUGCAACACAGGGAAAUCUGCCAUCGCAUGGAGCUUGGGCUCUGCUUGUCCCUCCGGCGUUGACGGUUGUGCUACCGUAUCUGUUCAAAGAUCCGCAAACAUACGCAAAUUUCGUUGCUGGAGGAAGAGGAGAUAGCGAAAGCGCUGUGUGGAGAAUCGCUACUGCGAAAUACGACGCCCUUGUUGCACUCGAAUCGUCUCUCGAAGUGAUAGGUGGAGACACAGGUGGUGUUGAUGAUGUUUUACGCACCAUGAAACGGCGUGUUGCGCAGGGUCCAUGGGGCAAUACCAGCCAAGUUGGGAGCCGAGUUGACGCGUUGGAGCUAUAG